AUGUCAAUUCCUGGAUUUGGAGGCACAAAUGGCUCGCUAGCCAGUGACUCUAGCGAAUUUACACAGAUCUCGAUCCCACCUGCAAACGAAUGGCGUAUCGAAGUUCCAUUCAAAAAACUAUUGAAACUAAAAGUAACACUGGGAACUUUGGAAAUCAAUGGCUCUGAAUUACCAAAUAAUGUCGAGUUACAGCUUUCGGGCGUGAAACUCCCCAUCUAUGCACCACCAUCAAUAAAUAAAGAGCAUGCCAAAGUCGAGUAUAAACUAGUUACAAACCCUGAUCAAUCGGUGCUGCUAUCAUCUGAAGAUGAGGAGUUCACCCAAUACCUAAGUGACGAAACGAAUAUGGACCUGGUGGUGAAUCUUGCAAUGUACAUUGAAUCAAAAAGACAAAUUGCCAAGGACUUGAAGACCAAUGAAGGUGAUCACGCAUUGGGACCCCGUGUCCUUAUUUUGGGUGGCAAGUAUCUGGGAAAGACGUCCCUUGCAAAGACACUAGUCUCAUACGCAGUAAAAAUGGGCAGCUCGCCUGUCUUGGUGAAUCUUGAUCCCAAACAUGGUGUAUUUGCAUUACCGGGCUCAUUGAGUGCAACUGUGAUCAAUGACUCCUUGGAUAUUGAGUGUGCAAACGGAUAUGGCUUUACAAUGACAACAACGGGUAGUCUUUCCAAAUCAAUGAAACAGCCAGUGGUUAAAAACUUUGGGUUUAGUGAUGUCGACGAAAAUGUCAAGUUAUAUACACGACAAAUUGAUCAAUUGGGCAUAGCCGUAUUGUCCAAAUUGGAAGGCAUAGAAGAUGGAAGUGGAAGCGAGGUUGAUGGUAACCAUAAUAAAGUACGAAGUUCUGGUGUAAUUGUUGAUACCCCGCCCUUCACUAUGAAAUCGUUUGACAUCAUUAGCUCCAUUGUGUCUGAUUUGAAAAUUGAUUUGAUUGUGGUAUUGGGAAACGAAAAAAUGAAAAUCGACUUGACUAAAAAACUCAAACAUAAAAUUGAGCAAGGUAGUUUAAAUAUCAUCAAACUAAGUAAAUCACCUGGCGUGGUAGACGAUGUCAAUGAUAGAUUUAUCCGAAUGACACAAGAGCAAACUAUCAGAGAGUAUUUUAAUGGCAAUCAUCGAAUCCGAUUGUCACCAUUUAAAACUGAAAUCGACCUACCUUCUUCAUCAUCAUCCGCAUCCGCAUCUGCAUCCGUAUCCUCGUCCUCUUCCACGUCCUCGUCUGGAUUAGUGAUAUAUAAAAGUGUAUUGACAAAAGAAUAUGAGUCGUCAAUGGCAUUUUUACCUUCAGGUGAUGACUUUGAACACAUUACCAACGAGGAUGAAAAUGGAGGCGACGGCAACGAUGGUGAUGGGCGCGGCAUUGUGGAAGAUAUCAAAGAAUACUAUCAAAUACUUGAGGACCCAAAUUCUUCCAAUUUGGAUAACUCAAUUGUGGCAAUAACUCACCUCCCACUAGAAAGCGGAAGCUCCAGUGUUACAAAUGGCGCUAGUGGAAGUCUGAAUAUGAGUUCUAAAAGAAAGAGAGAAUUGUUAAAUACCUCUGUCAUGGGAUACAUUCAUGUCUCCAAAGUUGACGAUGAGAAAAAGAAAAUGAAGAUUCUCUUGCCAUUCCCAGGAGUAUUUCCUAGAAACGUCUUGAUUGCUACAAGUAUAGGAUACAAUGAAUAA